AUGUCUGCCGAAGUUGAAGGUUCAAGUAUGCGACGCCCUCGUGAAGUCCCUCCUGUUGCCAUCGUCGGGAUGGCGAUGAGAUUACCCGGAGGAGUAAAUACCGAGAGUGACUUCUGGGAUCUGUUGAUUACGGGGAAUGAUGGCCACUGUCGAGUUCCGUGGUCUCGGUAUAAUGCGCGCUCGCAUUCCAGCCCUGCCGAUCUUCACACUGUCCGGACAGAAUACGGCUACUUUCUACGUGAGGACCCGGCGCGCUUCGAUGCAAAGUUCUUUGAUCUGCCUGCGCGGCAGGCGUCCGUAAUGGAUCCUCGUCAGAGACUGCUCGCAGAGGUGGUCUGGGAAUGUAUGGAAAAUGCCGGACAGACAGACUGGUCCGGCUCGGGCCAGAAGAUUGGGUGUUAUGUCGGCGUCUUUGGCAACGACUGGCUGGAGCUUGCGAUGCAGGACACGCAAGACUUUAGCUACAAUAGAACUGCGAGCACCAUGGAAUUUCUUCCUAACCGUAUAUCUUAUUUAUUUGACUUGACAGGCCCAAGUGUCACAUAUAAUACAGCGUGCUCUUCUUCUAUGACUGCAUUACAUGACGCCUGUCAGGCACUCUAUGAUGGCGAUUGCAAAGCGGCGAUUGUGGCAGGAGCGAAUCUCAUUUUUACGCCAAUGAUAAGCACGAGUCUAUCUGAUUAUCGGGCCAUGGCCUCGGAUGGGAUCUGUAAGACAUUCGAUGCUGCAGCAGAUGGGUAUGGCCGCGGUGAAGCGGUAACUGCUAUCCUCAUCAAGAGAUUGGAUCACGCAAUUCGGGAUGGAGAUCCUGUGCGAGCUGUGAUCCGUGCAACUGCCCUGAACUGCGAUGGUAGGCAAGAACCCCAAGGGGCUCCCAAAGCACGAACCCAGGAGGAGGUCAUCCGGGACGCAUAUGCCAGGGCGGGGAUCGAAGAGAUUUCUCGUACGGCCUUUUUUGAAUGCCAUGGCACCGGAACUCAAAAAGGCGAUUUGGCCGAGGUAACGGCGAUCAAGAACGUAUUUGAGAAGGGUAUCAUGAUCGGAUCGGUGAAACCCAAUGUUGGGCAUGCGGAAGGCGCUUCAGCUAUUACAAGCCUCAUAAAAGCAACUUUAGUGUUAGAGCACAAGCUAGCACCACCCAACAUCCACGUGAAGAAGCUGAAUCCACGCAUACCCUUUCAACAGUCUGGGAUCGUUGUUCCAACAGAACCGACUGCCUUGUCGACUGAACGUGCAGAGCGAGUUAGCGUCAACAGUUUUGGUGUAGGGGGUUCAAACGCACACGCUAUCUUGGACUCCUGGUCCUCAGUUCGUACUUGCAGUGAAGACGAACUUUUGGUCCCUGGCGGUAUCUCGAAACAGAGGCUGCUUGUUGUUUCCGCAAAGGACGCAGAGGCUCUUCAAUUGCGAGCUCGGGGAAUCGGAGCUUAUCUGGGAAACACUAAGCAAUCGCUACAUGAUCUGGCCUACACUCUGGGAGUCAGAAGGGAGUACCUGAGCCAUCGCGGUUACCUGGUGACAAAAGACCAAUUUACUCCAGACAUAGCCGACUUCCAAUUGUCACGAGAGAGCUGCGCGUUUUCGGCACUCACAUUCGUCUUUACCGGGCAGGGGGCACAGUGGCCUGGGAUGGGCAAGCAGCUGAUCGCUGAAUUCCCAAGCUUUCGAGAGGAUAUUUUUCGAAUAGACGACAUAUUGCAAAAGUUGGAAGAGGCCCCGCGGUGGAAAAUACAAGGCAAGAAUUGGACACCUCCAGAAGCCGACAUUCCAGAUGAGCUCGUCAAAAGUGAUAAUGAUCAAAUUCACCACCCGGAACUAGCCCAGCCACUUUGUACCGCUGUCCAAAUAGGUCUAGUGAACCUCCUUCGGCGCUGGGGGCUUCGGCCAGAUUCAGUGGUCGGACACUCGAGUGGUGAGAUCGCGGCGGCUUACGCUGCAGGUGCAAUCCCAAUCAGGACAGCCAUGAUUCUUAGCUACUACCGUGGCCAAGUCACAAAGUUACAGACCCUCCCAGGAGCAAUGGCCGCAGUGGGUAUUGGUAAGUCCGAUGCGCUGCGAUACCUGGCGGAUGAAGUGGUAGUGGCGUGCGACAACAGCCCCCAGAGCACUACUCUCUCCGGAAAACCGGAGGCAUUGGACCGCGUUCUUCAGCAGAUAUCAACGGAGCAUCCGGGUACAUUCUGCAGACGGCUUCGCGUGCCCAUAGCGUAUCAUUCCCAUCAUAUGGAGAAAAUCGGGCUGGUAUAUGAAAGGCUGAUCAAGCGCCAUCUACUGAGGAAUGCUUCAAUGGUCGUCCCAAUGUAUUCCACAAUAACGUGCGAUGUGAUCGCAUCACCAGCCGAGUUGGAUGCGGAUUAUUGGCGUCGGACUCUCGAAUCACAAAUUUGCUUUUACCCUGCCGUCAAGUCGCUUGUGAGUCGUACUACAGAAAACAGAGUCUUUGUGGAAAUUGGACCGCACUCCACGCUAUCGACACCCUUGCUGGACAUAUUUCGAGACUGUGGUGGAUCAUCGCGACUGGACUAUAUUCCAACCCUUGUAAGGAACCGGGAUCAAGUAAGUUCUUUACUCGCCACUGCAGGGGAGCUUCACAUACGCCAUGUUCCAGUGGAUCUGUUGGAGGUCAAUGGCGGCCGCGGGAAGGUGCUCACAGAUCUUCCACGCUACCCGUGGGGUCAUGAUAGGAGAUAUUGGCACGAGACCCGCAUGGCAAGAGAAUGGAGAGAUCGCAAAUUCGCACACCACCCGCUUCUGGGAGUUCGUACGCUCGAAUCAUCGGACCAAGAACCGGCUUGGAGGAACCGCCUCGAGCUCAAACGGGUACGCUGGCUUUUAGACCAUCAAGUGGGUAAUGACAUCCUUUUUCCGUGCGUUGGCUACAUUGCAAUGGCCGGCGAAACAAUGCGCCAAAUCCACGGACAAAACUGCUAUUCUAUCAAGAAUCUAUCUGUGGUAUUGCCUCUCGCAUUGCGGGAGGAUGAACCCACCGAGAUACUCACAAGCUUGCGACCAGUCAAACUCACGGACAGCCUUGACUCGCAGUGGUUCGACUUCAGUAUCUCGGCAUACGAUGGCGAACACUGGCGAAAGCAUUGUUCGGGCCAGGUAAUGGCAGGCAAGGAGGAAGGGAUGGCUACCUCGACUGACGACGUUCAUCCUUUCGUUCGCCACAUCGAGCCGCAGUCGUGGUAUAAUGUUAUGGACAAACGUGGGCUGGCAUUCGGACCUGAAUUCCGCAGGCUCCAAAAUAUUACCGCAAACCCAAUGAGGCACGAGGCAGUAGCUACGGCCCGCUUUGAUCUCACUGUAAAAGAGGAGCAUAGCAUGCAUCCGGUGGUUAUGGAUCAAGGUCUCCAACUCCUAAGUGUUGCGUCGAGCAACGGCCUUUCCCGUCGCAUGCCAAAACUUGGAAUCCCCGUGUCAAUUGAUAGCAUCUACAUUGCCCCAAUUGGGGAAGAGACUAACUUCAAGGCCAGUUUCCCGACAACCCAGAGUGGCGGCCAAUUGAGCGCAGGAUUAGGUGGAGAUGUGAUCGGGAUAUCGAACGGAGAGGUGGCUCUAGUCAUGAGAGGAGCCAAGUUCCUGCCCCUGGACCAUAGCCCGAUGUUGAAUGACAUCAACAUCCCCUUGUGCUCUCGACUCGAAUGGAAACCGGACAUUGACUUGCUUCCCCCCAACGCCUUCUUGGCGAAAUCUAUCCCGCGCACCAGUGCCAUGACUCUCACACUCAAAUUGACCCUAUUGGGUAUCAUGCACCUUACGGAACGAGUUGGAAGCUACACAGGAACAUUGGAGGUUUCGAUGCAAUACGAGAGUUGGGUGAAUAAAAACUUCACUCGACUCCUGGAAAUUUUGCAGUCUGUCUUCCCCGAGGUCAGAAGCUGGGAUGUGGGUACAGCAUCUGUUCUGACGAAGAUAUUAAGAGACGUCAAGAAGGCCAUCGCUUCGUCCAGACCAGAACUUCGGCCAAUACGCAGCUUUCUGAUCAGCGGUCUCGAUGUCAUUGAGAAUAAGACGCCGCUUAUGGACUUUUUCAUAGGUGACGCAGGUUUCAAGUCAUUCUACGAGCUCAUUGCUAACUGCAUGGACCUGGGUUACGCCUUCUCAUUGCUAGGACACUCGAAUCCCGCACAGAGGAUACUCGAGGUCAAGUCCAGCACAUGCGGCGCCACUGCCGGAAUUUUGAGUUCCUUGUACUCGGCGGAAGGGGUACGGUUGUUCAAGAAAUAUACUCUUGCCGCUAAGUCUUCGGAAUUACUAGUCGAGCACAAUGACAGAUUCAGAGACGUGGACGGCUUUGAGUGCGCUGUUCUCAAUCUCGCCAGCAGCCCUAUUGAUCAGGGAUUUGAAGCAGCAUCUUAUGAUUUGAUUAUUAUUCCUAGUGACUUGCCCGCCGACGUCGACCCUAAUACCUCCUUGCACAAGCUAAGGAGCCUGCUUGUUCCUGGGGGCAGUUUACUGAUUCGGGAGGUUACACCAGAUGUCCCUUUCGUGGAUUAUGCCAUGAGCUUGAUUCCAGGAGUUUCUAUCUUUAGUUAUGGCUCUCAGAACAAGAACCUUUAUUCGCAUGAAUACUGGAAGGAGAAGCUUUGUGAAACUGGAUACGAACAGCCUGAGCUCACGUCCUGCCUGUUCAAUGCUUAUCCAUGGUCGUUAAAGCAGAGCAUACUUGCAAAGUCUCCAUAUCCGGAGGAUCAGAAGGGUACCGUUCAUUUGUUAUGCAACUCGCAUUCGCACCAAUGGACGCAAGCGGUUACUAGACUACUGCGUAAGGAAGGGUACGCGGUUGAGUUCUUCAAGCUGGAGGAUCUACCGCAAGACAAACAAGACGUUGUCUGUCUAAUGGACCUGGAGGAGCCAUUCUUGCAAAAUAUCUCAAAGGAGAGAUACGACACACUGCUGCGUUAUAUCUCGCAAAGGCGACGGACACUGUGGGUUACCAAGGCCUCGCAAAUUACAUGCGAGGAUCCGUCAUAUGGUCUGAUUUUAGGUCUAGCGAGAACAAUCCGAUACGAAGAGUCGAUUCAGUUCGCAACCCUCGAAGUGGAGGAUCUUAAUUUGACAGCAGCCGGAUUGCUGGUGAAAGUGUACGAGAAGUUCCGGCGGCAGUGCACCCAGGGAGUGUCACAUCCCGAGUGCGAGUUUGCCAUACACAAAGACGUCGUACACGUUGGCCGAUUCCACUGGUUGGCGCACCGUGAUAUCAGACCCGUUUUGGAUACCGAUGAUGCGCCUAGGAUACUCGAAGUUGGGAAGCUCGAUGGUAGGGACCCUGUCCUCUGGAGGCAGAAGUCACUCCCUCGCCUCGGUGAGGACGAUGUGACUGUGGAUGUGCACUAUGUCGGACUGAAUUUCAGGGACGUUAUGGUCUCGUCCGGGUUCAUUGGGAAUGAACAUGGAAUGGGCCUUGAGGCCAGCGGAAUUGUCCGCCAGGUCGGGCCACGAGUUAAACAUCUUCAACCUGGGGACAAAGUUCAUGUUAUAGGCACGGGACUCCUGGCUACAAGAGUGACCACUGCCAGUCAAUUCUGUUUUCCGGUUGCUAGCGACAUGUCUUUGGAAGACGCAGCCACAGUGCCGAUCGGAUAUGCAACGGCGAUCUACUCGCUUCUCACCGUUGGACAGCUCGAGAAUGGCCAGUCCGUCCUAAUUCACUCGGCAUGCGGAGCGGUAGGGCAGGCCGCAAUCCGAAUAUGCCAGAUGAUGAAUGCCAAAAUCUUUGCCACAGUUGGGAAUGAACAGAAGGUACAGUAUCUCGUCGACAACUUCGACAUACCCCGAAGCAAUAUUUUUGCGUCUCGGGACGCAUCCUUUGUUUCUGGUGUGAUGCGAGAGACGAAGGGAAAAGGCGUCGACAUUGUUUUAAACUCACUCUCUGGUGCUCUGCUUCACGAAUCCUGGAAGUGCGUCGCAAAGUUUGGGAAAAUGAUCGAAAUAGGGAAGCGUGACUUCAUGGGCCAUGGCAGGUUGGAUAUGGAGACUUUUGCAGCUAACAGAACCUUUAUCGGCGUCGAUUUGCUGCAGCUUCUGCUAGACAGCCCGGACCAAUUUCAAAGAUUGAAUCGCGGAGGGCACCUCAAACCGAUCCAUCCCAUAAAAGUAUUUGACGCGUGCAACGCCCACCAGGCUUUGGCAUAUAUGCAACGAGGAACACAUAUCGGCAAGAUAUUGGUUAAGAUCGCGGGUGGUGACGAUGCUGACUCUAUCGCAAUGAUUAAGCCCAGCCCCCGAUUUGCACCAGACGCCGCAUAUCUUCUCGUCGGGGGUCUGGGGGGAAUAGGAAGAGCGGUAUCUAACUGGAUGGUGGAGAAUGGUGCAAAAUCCCUGGUUAUCCUUUCGCGAUCUGGAGUUAAAUCCUCCUCUGACCAGGCAUUCCUUGAAGAGCUUCGAUUUCAAGGGUGCAGUGCCGUCGUCGUAAGAGGAGAUGUGUCGGAUAUUAAUGACGUGCGCAGCGCCAUAGCGAAGAGCCCCAAGCCCAUAUCUGGGGUGAUUCACCUCGGUAUGGUUCUGAGAUCUGCUCCCCUGCUAAAGUCGUCGCAUGAAGACUGGGUGGCCGUCCAAAGCCCCAAAGUGGAUGGCGCAUGGAAUCUCCACCAUGCGCUGGGCACUACGGAUCUUGAUUUCUUUGUUGUUUUCAGUUCGAUUGCCAGCCUCUGUGGAAUUAUCGGUCAAGCCAGCUACGCUUCGGCCAACGGGUUCCUAGACGCCUUUGUCAGAUAUCGCCACUCUCUAGGUUUGCCAGCAACCACCAUUGAUCUUGGUGCGGUGGGCGAUAUCGGGUGCUUUAGUAGGACGCCCGAUUUGUUGAAAAGCGCGGCGGCCUUUGGUACUCGGAUCCUCGAAGAAGCUGAUGUUCUCGAUGCACUGCAGCUGGCAAUCGAGAGAUCCAAGUCGACACCCCCAGGUGUUCAGUCAGAGUCGUCCCAGGUGAUUGUAGGCAUGAGUUCGACCAAGUCCCAGUCAGACCCUCUCGCUAGGCCGUCAUGGUCUCAAGAUGCUCGAUACCGUCUGUACGAAAACCUGGAACACACUCAAUACACUUUACAGAUGAAUCUCCUUGAUGAGGUCAAGCAGUUCUUCUCCAAGGCCAAACAAACCCCGGAGAUGUUCAAAGAGGAACGAGCAUGGGAGCUCCUUCUUAAUGUGAUUCGACUACAGUUAAGCAAACAUGAAGCUGAGGAAUUAAGUCUGGCGCAGAUUGCUGACAUGGGGAUCGACUCUCUUAUGAUGAUGGAGAGUAUUGGUGCACUCCGAAGACAUCUCGAUGUGGAGCUGAGUAUCACCGACAUUUCAGCCGCAGGGACCUUUGGGGAACUGGUCAGAACAUUACAAGAGAUCUUCUACAAGAGGUACCGUACUGGUGAGCGAUAG